AUGGACGCGUGGAGUUUGCUUGGCGCCGCGCAGCAAGAGCUCGCAGAGAAGAAGGAGGACAAGACGCGCCUCAACAACACCAUCACGAGCCUCCAGAGCCAGGUCACAGGCCUGGGGCAGCAGAACGCGGUCCAAGAAGACCGCAUCGAAAAGCUCGAGCACGACAACGUGCGCAAGGAGGGGGCCAUCCAGGCCAAGCACGCGACGAUGUGUGCGGCCGGGAACGCGUCGCUGGUCGCUCGCGACCAUGUCACCGUCCUGGUGGAGGAGAAUGAGCGCCUCAAGGGGGUGCUGGACGCUGAGCGCAAGGCUCACGAGGCCACCAAGACCCGUGAGGGCGAACUCGAGCUGGCCUUGCAGGCCGAGCUCGCCAAGAAGAAGGCGCCAUGA